AUGGGCGUGUCUCAUUUCUUCGAACGGGUUUCGUAUUGUCCCUUUGAUCCAUCAUGGUUUAAGAUUAUAAUCAUUAUAAAUAUCAUUUAAGAGGCGCAGUAUUUAUUUAUUGGGGUUACUGUAAUUGAUUAUUGUAUUUUUUAAUAUAUUAAAAGAUGAACCACAGGUAACAUCAAUCUCAACAGCAAAUACACACGACAACCAAAAAAUCUCAUUUUUAUACUCAAUCGUAUUGCUACCUAACAUCUCUUUUAGGCACAAAAGUGACCCAAACAUCUCACAUGAACGAGACUAAAUGUUUUCAAAUAUAAAAUCAAUCAUUCAAAAGAAUGAAACUAUUCUCUCGACAAGAUUAGAGAGUACUCCAAUAAUGAGAAAAAAAAAUGAAACUUCAAAAACUAGUUGCACCUGCAAUAUAUAAUGA